GACUGCGACUUCUCUGAGUAUGAAGAAGAAGAGGAGCCACAACCCAGACCAAGAGUGAGGCCAAAAAGAAAAGCUCGUCAUCCAAGUGAAGAAUCCGAAGCUGCUUCGAUUUCUCCAUCGGAACGUCGAACAAAUGGUCACUACUCCACUAGAACCAGCAAUUCCAACAAACGCCGCCGAAUUGAGAGUCAUCGCGAUGAUGAGGUUUCGCGCUCACGCAGAGGCCGUAACACUCGUCGAAGUGUGGCUACUCAUGGAGAGCCAUCUACAAGCAUGGAUUCACCACUGUCAUGGGUUCGACGUGAUACCAAUGAUUCGCUCAAAGAUAAUAGUCCAUGGCCUUGCCCGAUUGGUACUUGUCUACACGUAGCUGAUGCAGCGGUAGAUUUAAAGCGUCAUCUCGCAAUGCAUCAGUUUCAUGCUCACGCUCAAUUCGUCGGAUUAAUAAUUAUCGGAACCAAGUCAGAUUUCAAGGGCAUGGCAAGUCACGUCAUGAUACACAUUGACUUCCUGAGCAGUGACGAUCGUGUUUGUGAUGAUGAAUCGAUGGCACUCCCACAACACAGAUGUCUUUGGGAGAACUGCUACCGGCAGUUCGAAAAUAAGGGAGAUUUGAGGUUGGAGAUUUAUAUUAUUCACAACUUUAUACAUAUUUACUAUAAAGAAAAGAUAAAUAAAUGUCCUAGCGGAAACACGUUCGACACCACAGUGGAGAGAAGUACUUGUGCAUGUCCGUUUUGCGGUCGAUUCUUCUCGCGUCCUGAUAAACUUUAUGAACAUCUUCGCAAACGGGCACCAAUACCUGCGGGUAGUGAAAACCAGCACCUUUGUCUCCUCUGUCAGCGUCGUUUCGGUGAUGAACGCUCAUUGGUGAAUCACGUACGGCGCCACAUCAAUGGCCGUCAAUGUCCUACAUGUGGAUUGGCUGUUCAGCUUCCUUCUGAUUUGCACAGGCAUAUAUUGGUGAAGCACACUGAAAGAAUAAAGACUCUGACUUGUCCGGAAUGCGAGAAGAGCUUCUAUUGCCCAACAGAUCUGAUCAGGCAUAGUGCUGUUCACGCUCCACCAAAAGAAUUAUGUACGGUUUGUGGAGAACGUUUUCGAUGGAAAAAGCAAUUGGAUAGGCAUAUGACAACUCAUUCAGUGACUGCAUUGAAGCAGCCGUAUCUUUGUCAUAUAUGUGACUCUACUUACGCUACUGGGCAUGGACUCACUCGUCAUCUCUCGCGAAAGCAUGAAUGUCCCAUUCCUGAAGGAUUCAGCCGGUUCUCAUACAAAAAAUGUGCAGACGGCUGUUAUCGGCUGCAGACUCGUAAACUGGUAAUGUGGACGUCGCGAAUAGCAUCGAUAGCGGCUCGCUUACCGAAGUCUCUGGGUCGACGUUAUUUGCUUUCAGAAGCGUUUUCUUUGGAGAAAGAAUGGGCUUCUCGACAUGCUGAAAUGACCAAAUUAGGAUUGGGUGGUGAUUAUGAAUGGAUAAGUGCUGUACAGAAGAAAUUCAUCGGAGGCGCGCCAUUGACGUCGAUGCGGCUGUAUGCGUUGCUGAACACAAAGAUCCAGGUGGACGAUGUAGUGGAGCUGCUGUACAAGUUGCGACACAGCGAAAACGCAGCUGACCUGCCAGUCUCUGCUGAAUAUGCGCUCAUCCGACUUUUACUUCGCCACGAUCCAUCCUUUUUGUUCAAGUUGGCGGAUGAUCCCAUCAACUACGGUAUUUUUAUGAACGAGCAUGCCGCUUGUUUAGCUAUUGAUCACUUUAUCAAACGGAAUGAUUUCGGAGUUCUGUAUUCAUGUACAAAGUGGGCCGAACUUCCGUCUGAGGAGCAGACAAUGCCACGUGAUGAGACGGAGGAGGAGGAAGUCAACGAUGAUGAUAUUAAGACAUUCAAAUUUCCCUAUCUGAAGAAUGCUUAUUUCGACUCUCACUUUGAUCUCACCGAUCCCCAUCAACUGGUAGGAAAAACUUUGCUCUGGGUGGCACGUGAUUCGCGUUCUUUCUCUGAACCGAUAAAUCAGUCCUUGAGACUUCUCGGAGCUGUUUUAUACAACAGGCUAGACAUGGCGUCAACUUUAGCCUCUUCAUCUACUCAUGGUGGUGUAGCAGAUAUUAUUCGGCAACGGUUCACUCCGGCAGAAGGAGAGGAGCCUUCGGAGCAGCAAAAGGCGAUUCCUUGGCAAACUGGAAGGUUGCAAUUCAGGCGAAGGCCCGAUCAGUUCAGUCGUCUUGUCAAGGAAAAGGAGGAGGAAGCAUUAGCCACGCAACAGAAGGAAGAAUUCACGAAAUGGCAUAAACGACGGCAGGAACUGAUAAAAGCACAAGCAGACCGCCUUUUACUAAAGGUUCGUGCCGAAGAGAUUGCGAAAGAGCUCGCUGAGCUGGAGCAUCAUGCGGAACAGCUGAGCUUCUUUGAGAAUCGCCUAAAAUGGGAAAAACAGGCAGCUCAAAAUGCCGAGAUCAUCCAACAAACGACUUCACAAGAAAAUGAAGUCAAGAAAUAG